GAGGCGGGGAAGUUGUGAAGUCCAUCUAGCUCCAGAAGACUGGGAGGACUAAAAGCGGUCUGUACAGGCGUGCAGACAGACUUGGCUAGCUUAUCUCGCUGAGAGGCCAACAUAUCCAGCGAUUUUAACAAGAGGGACAGCGAGGGAAAGUGCAGCUCAGUCCACCCUCAGUGUCUUUGUCAGCAGCCCCGAAGGCUCGCCAGGGAUUCCUCUGUCUCACAGGAUUUGAAGAUCAUGGUGAUCAAAGUUUACAUUGCGUCGUCGUCCGGAUCAACCUCGGGCACUGCAUUCAGUCGUGAUAGUCUGUAAGUGUUUGUUCACAAAGGAACGUCUUGUACAGAAAGUGGGGGCAUUUGAGAUCAAGAAGCAGCAGCAGGACGUCAUGGGCUUCCUGGCAGCGAAUAAGAUCGAGUUUGAGGAGUGCGACAUCGCGGCCAAUGAGGACAACAGGAAAUGGAUGCGGGAAAACGUACCUGAAGACUCCCGGCCCGCCACAGGGAACCCACUCCCACCACAGAUCUUCAAUGAGGAGAGAUACUGUGGGAACUACGAGGCCUUUUUUGAUGCACGAGAAGACAACGCUGUGUAUGCAUUUCUAGGCUUGACUGCUCCACCAGGUUCAAAGGAGGCGGAGGCUCUUGCCAAAAAAGAACAGCAGUAGUCCACAACAUCUUCCAUUACCCUCCAUUUUCUCCAAGACUGCAGCUAGACUCCAGCGCUUCCCCUCUUCACCGACAGAGACCGCAAACACAAAAUACUACUACCUGUUCUGUCCUUUCACUCCUAUUAACAUUCCACCGUUAUCGUUACUGUUAUUUUUAGACAUUACUGUCCCCUCCAACAAAAAAAAAACAAAUAGAUGGUCUGUUUUUGUCCAUCCUGCUCCUAAACGUCUUAAAGAUGAACGUCUUACGACAGUGGAUUGAUUACUCACUCGUUCAUACCAGUUAUUGGAAUGUUAUACAGUAUGUGCCAUCUUUCUUCUUUUAGAAGUUCAGUUCUGUUUUCAAGCAUACACUUAAUGCUCAUAUGGUGGUAUAUGUUUAUGUUUAUGUUCAUAAAGUGCCAUUUGCAAGUAUAUGGGGCUGUGUUCUCACAUCAGGUAAAAAUCAGGCUCAAAUGCGUCAUUUGUGGCAUUUGAACAGCAAAAAACAAACAUUAAAUCUAAUGUUUUUAAUACUGAUUUGAGAUUUUUAUGUCAAGAAGAAAGGAAAAAUGAUGUGAGUGUACGAGGAAACAGGCACGAUAAUAAAAAGCCUAGCUGUCUUCAUGAAUUGCUGCAUAUUUCUAAUGAUUUGGCAAGGAUGAAACCGAAACUUCAUGUGAAGCGCAUGUUGAUUUUUAUUCACAUGCAUGUAGCGCAGUUAAGCAAAGCUAACUGUUGUUAUAUAAUGUAAGAUAUGGUUCAUUUCUAAAAAAAAAAAAAGGUAUUUCUAAAAGGCAUUUCUGAAUCUAAUUUGAGCCCCUUUUACCUUCUGUGUGAAUGUAGCCUAAAUAACUAGUGCCUGCAUUGCAACACAGAAUGCACUUAGCGUCCAUCAGUCCAUCCCUAGAGUUUCAUCAUAAAAGAUCCCCUGGUACAUAACGUUAAAGGGCUAUACAACUAAUAGUUACGUCUUAUAUAUUCUUAAAUGUUUCGCUCUGGUGUCAGAGUCUAGUGCUGUAGUCUUAAAUCUGCCAUUUUGUAUGGAAGGAUUUUGCUUUUGUCUUUUAAUCUCUGAGAUUGUGGUGACUUUUUUAAAGGUACACUAAGUGAACAAAAAAAAAGGUAGAAACUUUAAUUUUGCAUUAAUAUUUUCCAAAUUAUUCUUUAAAAGGACAAUCACACAAGGAAAUAGAACAUUAUUACAUGGAACUCAUGCUCAUGAUGGGCAGUACUAGCAUUUAGCACUUAAUAUAGCGUUUAACUGCUGUAUUGGACCAAUUGUGUGGCCAGGAAUUAACCUGAAAACAUGAUGGUGUUUCAGCAUCUAGGCUGCUGGAACUGGAACUGGUGUUGUGCCAAAUUCAGAACCCCCGCCAGGAAAAGCACCCUCUCUCGGGAGCGUAUUUCUAAGUAAAAUUAAAGCAGAUUAUCAUCACUUUUAUCAAGAAGACGAUGCGUAACGUGCUUCUAAGAGGUGGUGCUUUUCAUGGCGGGGUGCAGAUUUUAGCACUACUAUUGUGCCUAAUUUAGCCCCCCCGCAAUGAAAAGCACUCCCUCAUAGCAAAGGCUGCUGGUCACAUGACUAUUUUUCAUUAUUUCUUAGUGGUCAGUAUAGCUUAAAACAGUAUCUUGGAUAUUUGCAUUUUCUAAAAAAAAAAAAAAGUUAAAGCCGAGAGGGGGUGCUUUUCAUGGCGGGGGUGCUGAAUUCGGCACAACACCGGCAGUUUGUUGCUUUUGUCACCAACAAAAGUAGGUUCUGAAACCAGAAACGUUAAUGUCCGCUUCUGUUCAGCGCCACUAUGUAGCGCCCUCUGUUGGUGGAGUGAAAUUGGUGGGAAUGUGGGCAAUGCACCACAGUUCUUAUAAGCCCAAAUGGAAGGUUUUUUUUUUUUGGUGGAAAAACGUUCAGUCUGUACAUACAUUUUACAGUAAGUUACUGUAGGAGUGUUAAGUGGUGUGUAUAUAAAGCACAAGCACCAUUGUGAACAUGUCUGAAGUCUCUAGUCUCUACAGUUUAAUUAAUAGUCUAUAUGAAAAUGUUAUUAAUCACAUGCUAUGGUCUUUGCUGAAGAUGGAUUAAGCCUAGUCUUUGACUUUAUUGCAAUACCAAUAGUGAAAACUAAAAUAUUUAAUUUGUCACAUGUCUGUAUCCAUUUCCAAUAUGUUUAUUCUAUUACAUUAAUUCUAUUAAACCCAAGACUCAACAGUGAAAUGCUUUCUGUGUAGCAGACAACGUCUCAUACAUCACAAAUCCUCUGGUGGCUCUUAAUGUUACUGAACAGCACAAAUGUAACUCACUUUACUUAGUGUACCUUUACCUCUUUCUUCCGAGUGUCUUGAUACGCUGUGUACAUUUUUUUUUUCUAUUUUAUGUACAAAGAGGACAAGUUAUGCCAAAAAAAGACUUAUAUUAUCGAAGGGAGCAGGAAAAUAAAACAUUGUUUCAUUAAAA